CUCUUGCCACCAUCGUUCUCCCAUUCUUAUUGUCAUCGUCGUCGUUACACAUCGGCAAACCCUCUUAGACUGUCAGCUAUGUAUCCCCCCAUAGAACCCUUCGCCCACGGCAACCUCAAGGUCUCUGAUAAACACAAUCUCUACUACGAAAUCUCUGGAAAUAAAGAAGGAACUCCAGUCGUCUUCUUGCACGGUGGAGGAGGUACAGAUCCCACUGAUCGUGGGUUCUUCAACCCAGAAAAAUACAAGAUCAUUCUCUUCGACCAACGGGGCUCAGGCAAAUCAACCCCGAGCGCCUCUUUGGAAGAGAACACAACCUGGGACCUUGUCAAGGACAUCGAGAAACUCCGGAUACAACUCGGCGUUGAGAAAUGGCACGUCUUUGGGGGAUCUUGGGGACACCCAGACCGCGUGAAGAGUCUCGUUCUCCGUGGGAUAUUCACCCUGCGUAAAAGCGAACUCAAAUUCUUCUACCAAGAAGGCGCCUCCCAUCUCUUUCCAGAAGCCUGGGAAGAGUACAUCGCUCCAAUACCCGAAUCGGAUCGACACGAUAUGAUCCUGGCUUACCACUCCCAGUUGAACUCUAUCGAUGAGACCAUAAGGAACAGGGCUGCAAAGGCUUGGUCCAAGUGGGAAAUGGUUACGUCGAAACUACACGUAGACCCCGAAAACAUUGAGCGUGCCUCGGAUGACAAGUUUGCCACCGCAUUUGCGCGGAUUGAGAACCAUUAUUUUAUCAACGACGGUUUCAUGCGUGAAGGCCAACUUCUUGAAAAGCAAGAAAUAGACAAGAUUCGACACAUCCCCACCAUUGUUGUUCAAGGUCGAUACGAUGUCGUCUGUCCUACAACAACGGCAUACGCCUUGAAAAAAGUAUUCCCCGAACUGACACUUCAGAUCGUUCCGGAUGCAGGCCACUCUUCGCGUGAGCCGGGGAUAGCAAAGCUUCUUGUUGAGGCGACGAACAAGUUUGCUGAUUUGUGAUUUGUGAUGUGUGGGGGAAAUGAAACCAUGUAAGGGAUUGCUGAUUUGGUCAAUGUGUAUGAUACCUUGUGCAAUGAGAUGUAUUUGAGU